UACAAGAAGGAUGGAAGCGCGAACCGGGAGCCCCAAGUCGGGUCUUAAGUAUAGGUCUCGCACCCCGAAAUCGAAGGGUGUAUCAGUGACCCGAAGUGACGACACGAGCGAGGGAACCAAGUCCAAGGAGCCUCGCAGAACCGGCUCCCGUGGGAAGACGUUGCAGCAGACCAACAGGCAACCGACUUCCAAGAGGCUGGCCAAAGCAAGCGCAGCUGAAGGCUCGGCUUCUGGAGGAAAGAUGGCAGCCAACUUUGGGUCCAACCAGGCCCGACCACGAGCUCCAGGCACAACUCGACCUGUCACAACUCUCCGGUCGGUAACCAAGCGGUCUUUCACAGGCGGCUCGCAAGCAUUCCGUGACGUCAAUGGCAGCACCCCGCUCAGAAGAUGUGGAGGGCUGGACUUGAAUGCAACGCGGAGCAAUGGUUUGACAGCGACGCCACCCAACGAAUUGUCUUCGCACCUAUCUCGACGACUACCCACCCUGAGCGUAACGAAGGAUUCCUUGCUGCUGGAGAGCCGACGCGGCGUUCGAAGACGGAGUAAGGCCAACUGCAAGCGGGUCGCAGCCGAAGCUGCAGCUAUCAUGGCGGUGAUGUGCGCGCUUCUCAUCUACCUGAUUCAGCGCCCUACCAUCACGUGGGCAUUCAGAGGCAGCAAAUUAUGCGCCACGCCAGGUUGCCGCUACCAAGCUGAGAUCAUCGCCGGCUGGGUGAACGUCAGCGUCGAUCCGUGCGAUGACUUCGAGGCGUACGCCUGUUCACGCUGGACUCCAAACAUUCAAGGCCACGGGACUGGCUCAGCUAUGAUGAGUCAUGCCAAUUACUACUGGAUUCACUAUUUUCGUCAGCGACUCGAGGAAGCCUCGAGCAGGUUGCGCAUCGCGAAACAAAUAGCGGCACUUUUCGACUCUUGCAAAGAUAAGCGGACCGCGGAAGAAACCAGAAAAGGAAUUUACGAGAUUAAAGAAUUCAUGCGGGACCUUAAGAUUCGAUGGCCAGAACCACCUUUGCCAGGAGUCGAACCGCUGGGCGUCAUCCUCGAUCUGGUGUUCAACUGGGGCACCGAUAUCUGGUUCCGAGCUGACUUGUCGCUACACACCACUGACAUUGGUGGCAGAAGAAACCUGCUCCUGCAGCCGGCAGUAGUUCUCAGUGCGCGAUGGAGUAACGUGGCUGGCAUCUUAUUCACAGACAAGUUCAUAGAGUAUUGGUUGGGUUUCUACCAAGCUUUCGCUCCCGGUGAAGAGAUGAGGCCCCUUGAUGCCAUUCUGGACACCAGGAGUAUGCAAACGACGAUUUACGCAGACUUCGUUCAAGUUGAAAACAGCCAGUUAAAGCAUCCAAGGCACACUCGACUUGGAGACAUCCAACGUUAUACACCUCAUAUUUCUGCCCGUCGGUGGAUUGACGCUCUCAACGACAACUUGGUCGGCCACGGACAGUUCAUAUCUUCGGAUGGCGUGACGACCGCGGACACAGAGCUUCUCAUGGUCGUGGACAGGCUGUUCGCCAAUUUCAGCCGCGAGCAACUGCUGGACCACAUAUCGUGGGAAUUCGUACAGCUAAUCGCUCCGCUCGCGGACUCGAAAUUGCUUCUGGCCAAGUACGGAACUGAGACACGUGCUGAGAUGCAAGAGGACAACUUCUGCUCCACACAAAUCGAAAGAGCAUACCGCUGGCUUGUCACAGCAGCACUAUUGCUCCCGCAGUUUGACCCCAAGGCGAGGGCUUUUCUGGACCAGCAGCUGGCAAACAUCACUGAAGCUGCCAUUAUGAAAGUGUCCAGCGUCUUGUGGGCCGACAACGGAUCAGUGGAAUUGAUCGCAAACCAGCUGCGGAAUCAGACAACCGUCAUCUGGCCGCCGUAUGAGCCGCUUAGCGACAACGCGCUCUACAAGGCUUCCCCCUCCUGGUUCUACGAGAACGCUAGCUUUACGCAACACUGGAUUCGAUCGGUGACAAGGUGGCGGCAGCUACGCACGAGUCCGACCUACAGGCGCAGCGACGACUCUCCGCGAUCGUACGCCAUGCCGCACUUUGAGUACGACCCCUUCUCGAACGCGGUUCGUGUGUCAGCGGCGACUCUGUUCAUUCCUUGGUACCAAGCCGCGGGCAGUAAAGCCGCUUUAUAUGGCGGCAUCGGCUUCACGUUCGCGCGAGAAGUGGUCAAGUCUUUCGACGGCGUCACGCCAGCGUUCGACCGACGCGGCGAGUUCCUCGACACGUGGCCUACAAACAUAUGGAAGGAAGCCUCGGCGAACAAGGCGUCAUGUCUGCGGCCCGAGUUCGAUACGGUAUUUCCCGAGAUUCCCGCUCUGGAGAUUGCGUACGCGGCAUUCCUGGCGUCGUCCGCGAAAGAAGACGCGGAUCGCUCGUUGCCGAUUGCAAAGGAAUGGAGCCCAGAACGAGUGUUCUUCGUCACCGCCUGCUUCACGAUGUGCAACAUGCCGAACACGCUGAGACGCUUUCGCGUGGACUGUAACAAAGCGGCGAGGAAUUUCGCUCCUUUCGCGGCGGCCUUCAAUUGCCCGGCACAUUCGAGGAUGAACCCUCGAGAAAAGUGCCCCUACUUUUAUUAAUCCACAUGCGUCUUGCUGCAUGUCAUUGAGUGCAUCUUCGCGCUGAGACAAACGUGUUGUCACCCAUUAAAAGUGCCAUAUAACGGA